CAAAACAAAUUAACAUUGUCCGUCGUCCGUUGAAAUGUCGUCUGCUACUCUGCAAUCCUUUUUAUUGUGGUAUGUUAUUUAAAAUAUAUGGAAAACGAUGCAGCGUCAAAGCUGCUACGUCGCAAUAUAAUGCAACGCACUAAUGGAACAUCGCUCUAAGCCAAGAACCUAGCAGGCUGCAAAAACAAACUUUGGUAAACGAAAAUGAUUGGUGAUGAAGAAGACAAAAGACAUCAAAAUUAAUAAAAAAUAUUUAUUUUCUUUUAUGUUGCUACAACUAUUCGUAGGUACAAUCUACCUACGAAGUACUGAGCUUUUAUUUCUUCUUAGAAAUUUUCAAUAAAAAUUUUCAGCAUUAGGUUAAGAAGUUAUAUAUCUGAUGAUAUUAGUUCGAAUGGUUACGAUUUUAGUAGGUAAUUGUAUUUUCCAUUUGUUCCAACUUUUGUUUUUUACUAGAAAUUGUGUCUCUUUAACGUGAAAUAAAGUUCAUUUUCCCUUGUUACAGAUACCUCGAAUAGGAGUCACCACAAAUGUGCAAAUGUAGGUAUGUGACGCUGAGGCCACCUCGAAACAGCCCAAAGAUGAAACGGCGCCUAGCAACCGUGAGGGAGGAACCCAACUCCAAAACAAUAUGCAAUAGUGAUCUAGCGAUAUAUACCAUGGUGGUUUCCACCGCAGUUCUUAGUUAUGUGAACAGUUUGAACGGUGAUUUCGUGCACGAUGACAUACCCGCCAUAGUGACUAACGGGGAUGUGGUGGGCACGAACUCUUUGAAGCAGUUGUUUUUGGACGACUUCUGGGGCACUCCGAUGGCUGACCCCAACAGCCAUAAGUCGUAUCGACCUCUCACUACGCUGUCUUUUAGGUUAAACUAUGCUCUAGCGGGGCUGAGGCCGUGGUGGUGGCACGCUUGCAACGUGUGCCUGCACGCUGCGUGCUGCGCGUUAGUCGCACGCACCUGCGUCACCAUCGCGCGUCUGCAGCGACCCUUUGCUGCACUCGCCGCGCUGCUGUUUGCAGUACACCCUGUGCAUACAGAAGCAGUGGCGGGAGUAGUGGGCAGAGCGGAUGUACUUGCGUGUAUAUUUUUUUUAUCUUCACUACUAGUUUACCACAGACCAAUAAACAAUAAGAAGAGCAUCUGGCUGAGCAUCGUGCUCGGCGCGCUGAGCAUGCUCGCGAAGGAGACUGGAGUCACCAUUCUGCUCUUGAACCUCACCAUAGACUUCUUCCGGUGUUGGCCGCUAGUUAAAAGAUCAAUAUGCUCGUUGAAAAUCGAGAAGAAAUGCGCUGGGUUGUCUAUCAGAACGGCCAAGGUGCUGGUGUCGCUCUCGCUGCUGAUCUGCGUGCGACUGGCGCUGCUGCAGGGAACCUGGCCCACCUUCUCACCGCAGGACAACCCUGCAGCUUUCCACCACAGUUUUGUUGUAAGAUUGAUGACGUUCUGCUACCUGGCAGCGUUCAACUGGUGGCUGCUGCUGUGCCCCUGGAGCCUCAGCCACGACUGGCAGAUGGGGUCUGUGCCGCUCAUCACCAGCGGCUGGGACCCCCGGAACUUUGUCACGUGUGCCGCCUUUGGGGCACUCCUGUUGUUGGGCUACCGAUGCAUUGCUGAUUUGGACGUACAAAGGCACACGCCGGCAGUGAUCGGCUUGCUGCUGCUGGUGGUGCCGUUCGUGCCGGCUAGCAACUUGCUCGUCACCGUCGGCUUCGUCAUCGCUGAGAGGGUCUUGUACAUCCCGAGCGUAGGCAGUGUCAUAAUAACCGCGUACGGCGUGCAGCUCAUGUGGUACUCCAAGCCCGGCGCCAAGGCGCUGCUGGUGCUCGGGCUGGCAGUGCUGGCAGCGAGCGGAGUCGCCCGGACGUAUAGGAGAAACGCUGACUGGCGGGACCGGGCCACUUUAAUAAGAGCGGACUUAGUGACUCUGCCGCAGAAUGCUAAACUCCACUACAACUUCGGCAACUUCCUGCGCGAGACAGAACAGCAAGACAACGCCAUCAAACAUUACAAAGAAGCUUUAAGGCUGUGGCCAACAUACGCCAGCGCCCACAACAACAUCGGCACGCUGGUGGGCGCCGACCUGGCGGAGCACCACUUCUUGCAAGCCAUCAAGUACAACAGGCAGCACGUCAACGCGCACUACAACCUUGGCAAGCUUUACAAGAAAAGCGGACGAACAAGCCCAGCAGUGUCGAUGCUCGAGCGCUGUAUAGCGCUGCAGCCUCGCUUCGUGCAAGCUCAUGUGGAACUGCUGACCUUGAAGCCGGAGCCGGAGAAACGGAAGAUACUCGCGCGACUCGUGGAGUUGGAGCCUAACAACUGGGAACACUACGUUUUGUAUGGGAAUUGGUUGAGGACCAAAGGUUUACCAGUAGCUGCUGCCAAGUACUUCUUAGAAGCGACAAGGCUUAGUUUUCGAAAUCGAAACUUCGAAAAACCAAUCAGAGGAGAUCUUAUUUCUAUAAGAUCAACAGCACUUAUAUACAGAAGCUUAGGACAGAAAUCAAGAACACUCCAACUUUUAACAAGAUGGCACACCUGGCGGCGUGGCUGGCCGAGUGCUGCGGCCGCGCACAUGUACCUGCGUGACUGGCGGCUGAAGAUGGAGUUGGAGGGGCGGAUACAAAUAUACUCCAGAGCAGUCAAUCCUACUAAAUCUACGACUUGCUUCGAUCACACUCAACUAGCAGUCGAAGCAGCAGCUGCGAGCGAAGACAAAACUGUAAAGAUAGAAGAAGAAAAAAUCAAAAUCGAAGAAACAGUUCAUAGUGAUAAAACAAACAGUGAAAGUGACAAAAUCGUGAUUAUCAAUGGUAACACAUGCAGCCAAAAAGCGUGUACAGUUAAAAAACGUAAUCUAUCUAUAUCAACACAAAUAAAGACAACUCAUAAUAAAUCCGAAAUCGGACAUAAGAAAAAGUGUACGAUGCAUAGAAAAGAGAAUAAUAUAAAAAAUAACGAAAUACCUAACAUAGUGCCGCCAUUAACUGAGCAUAUUCUCAUAAAGACAUUUUAAAUAAGGACACUUAGGGUAACGUUGAUCAAUUAUCAAAUUCUGCUUAUGACUCUAUAUGUCUCUUUGAAGUUCUUAUCGUAAUCAUUGAUAAUGAUAUUUCGGAUGAUUUAGUUAAAGAAUUAACUAAGAGAUCUACGCUGAAGACAAACUUAGAAUAUAUUUGUAAACCAUAAUUAUGCAGUAUUUAUGAUUUUAUAUGUAUAUUGAAAGGGAAAUUAUUAAAUUGUAUUGUUGAAUACUUUUAUUAUUACAUUUAAGACACACGACUCAAUCAAAUCAAAUCAAAAUCGAUUUAUGAAUAUUGAAAAUAAAGAUUUUGCCACAACAAUCUUAAACAAAUAUGGACUGUAAAUAAUAAUAAUUUAUGGGAAAGGUGCUAAGUUUGACGAUUGAUCAACGUUGGCUCCGUUAUUUAGUUUCGAGUGGAUAAAAGUGUGUGCUUGCAAAGUGAUUUCAUUUUGUAUUUAUUUUGGAAAAUGCAGUGAGGAUAGAUAUAAAGUUGCGCUGACAAUAUCGCGAGGUAGAGUUAGUUAAGUCAAAUAUUCAAAGUGAGAAAUUUUGAUGAUUUACAAUUAAGUUGCGCUUGUAAAAUUGAAUUUUAUUCAGUGUUAAAGUUAAACUUGUCAGAUUCAAAUUUUCAAAAAAGUAGAAUCAUAAAAAGUUUCUCAUUUUGAACAAGUUAGAUAGGUAACUAAUUCUAAAAAGACAAUUUUGUAGAGAAACAAAAGAUGUUAUAUUUUUGUCAAAGAGUAAUGAUUGACUGUGUUAGGGUGGUAACACACCAAAGUUUUUACGCUAGACUGUAAUAUUAGGUAUCAUAAUUAAUAAAAUUAAUGCAACUGCUUCUGUUAUAGUACAUACUACAAUCUUUUGAAUUAAAUAUUUAUCAUAUCAGUAUCUUUGUCAGUUAAUGUUAUUGAAGUAAAAAAUUGUAUGUCCAUAAUUAGCGUUAUUGUUUUUUUCUUGUUUCUUAUAUACUUUUGAUUUCUGGAUAGUACUCAAUUAUUUUUAUAAAAAAUUUGAAGUUUUAACUCUUAGUAAUUUUGAAGCCGCCUCUUUUUGGCAAUGUCUAUUCCUUCGAUUUAAAUCUGUAAUUGAUACCCAUAAUAACUGUCACUGUUGUGUGAACCUAUGUUAUUGUAUUAUUUAGUAAUCUCAAAAGUAUGAAUUUGUUGUUAACUUUAAGAGAAACAGUUGCACAGCACAGCUAACACAUUGUACAACCUAUAUUUAAUUGCUUUGGCCUUAUAUUUCAAUUAGGCACAAUACCAUAUAAAGAAAACCAUUAACCAUUAUAAUCGCAAUGCCGAAACUGUAUUAUUUACCUUUACAUUCCAUACAAAAUAUAUAAGUUAAUAUUUUAGGCUAUCAGUUGGUGAACGAUUUGUUUUAAAGUGAAAAAAUAACUCUAGCAUUAAAGAGACUGGCACAACUAAUGUUUAGCUGUGCACCUCACUUCAAAUUGACGUUAAAAGGUGGUUCGAUCCUCCGCCCCUUUGGUCUGUUGUCGUACCCACAGAUAUAAGAUCAGCUUUUAGCGUUGUCUGUUCUGUGGUCGUACCCACUCCUAAUACAGUCUUUCCCGACCAGUUGGAGGGGAAUGGAAAUAUUGGUCAUAUUUAAAAUACAUGGCAAAUAUUCUUUUUUGUUUUUAAAUAAAAAGAAAAGAAAAUUAUCCAAGGCCACUAAAAACGAUUUAGAGAAGAGUUGUUAUAAACACUUAUUGGCGUAUUUUUGCUAGCAGGAAUGAGUAUAGGAAAAAGUGUGUUUGUGUGUGUCUGUGUGAUGACAAAUUCACUCACAAUAGAAGUGGGUUUAACUGAUACAAAUUCAGUAAUAUUGUCAAUAUUAUUGAUAAUAAGUAGAUACUCUAUGUAUCUCUAUAUCUACACGAGUAUAUUGUUAUAAUUAUAUUAUAACAAUAUGCGAUCCAUUUCAUAUUCUAUAAAAUAGAAAUGAGUGAAUGAACAUUAUUCUAACAAAGGUAGCAUUUUUUAUAUUGAAAUUAUUCUAUGUGAUCGCACAUAUUCAAAGCAAAUAUUAAUAUUUGAAUUUUGUUUCAAUAUUUUGCACUGAAAUUAAAUAUUUUUGUGAGUAAUAUAAAAAUAACGUUCCUUUAAAUAUAUUUAACAAUUAUAAUGGAGUAAUAAAUUAAAUAUCAAACGAUAGUAUAUGCAGUAGUAACUUCUAAAUUUCUAAACUUAAGUUCCAAAUAGAACGCAUGAAACUAUUAAAAAUGAACUGAUAACGAUGAUGAUGAUACUGACGAUGGUGUUAAUGAAAAUGAUAAUUCUGACUAUGAUGAUGAUAAUGAUGAAUCGUUCACCAAUUGUCAAGCAGAAGUAUUUGUUAUUCAUUCAAAACGAUGUACAUAUAAUUAUAAGGAUAGGCUAAGCACUUGGCAAAUGCUUUGGAUGUACUGAAAAUAAACCAAUGGAUUACU